AUGUUAUUCCUCUAUUUAUUGAGUAUUUUGUCACUCACAGUCCAAGCAGUGUUUGUUACAAUGGCAAUUGCUGCCGGUCUCUAUUAUUUGGCAGAAGUAGUAGAGGAGUACACAGUAAUGGCAAAAUACAUAAUUUCUUGGAUGAUUAUUGUGACAGCAGCUAUCCAUGUGGGUCUAAUCAUAUUUGAGGACAUUCCCCUUCAUCUGAACAUAAUGGGACUGAUACAGCAGCUCCUUCACGGGGCGCUGAUCCGUGACUUCCCUGUGGUCAAAGUGACAAGUGUAACAUUUAUUCUGGCCGUAGCCAACCUGGUGCUGCACCAUUAUAUGGCCUUUAUGUACUUCGGAAAUGUGUACUAUAGUUUUUCGGAAGUGCUGGCAUACUUCACGCUGUGCUUGUGGGUGGUGCCAUUUGCACUGUUUGUAUCUCUAUCAGCCAACGACUACGUGCUGCCUACAACGGGAGAGAAGCAACCACUGUUGGGCGAUAACAACGUUGUUACAGAUUAUUUAUCUCGUAAGGGGAAACCAUACAGCCUCCUAUCAUUCUUCAGCUUCGCAAAAGACUCGAUACUUCCGCAGAGAAGUAAGAAGUCGUUCUGA